AAAAAUAAUUGAGAGAUUUUCUUUUAGUAUUUAAGCUUUAUUUACCCAAUAAAAAAACAUGUAAAACUGACUCCAUAGAUUGCCCACAUCCAUUACUAGUAACUACUAAUGCGCUCCUACUAUCAUCCAACGGUGAAUUGGAGUAUGCUUAGCAGCCGUGAUACGAAAUUCUCCUCAAAUGAUCCCUAAAUUACGACUUUGUCACCUCCACCAACGCUCCACUCCAGUCCACUCCGCUCCACCACCCUGUCUCUCUCUCUCACUAAAAAUCCCAUACAUUCCCUGGCGAAACAGAUUCAGACACCGAGAAAAGCACUUAAAGAAUCAAUAAAACCAUGGAAGCACUGCACGACUACGACACUUCUUGGAGCUCCUCCUCCAACUGGUUUAUCGCCUGUGGUUCUCUCCUUAAUUCCGUCACGUUCGAGUCUUCAUUUGCGCCAAUCACCGACUCCAAUCAACAUGAUCAAGCCAUUGAUUCCGCUCGGAAAUCCCCCCUUAUCUUGUGCCCUACUUCACCUGAUUCCGUCCCCUGCGAGAUCACUAGUGAGUCCCCCAAAUUUUUACCAUGUUUCUAUCAUUAUCGGUUUAACAUAUCGAAAGAAUUAUUAGCGUGUUAGUUGACGUUACUGGAUAAUUGGGUUUUCAUUUUUCUGAUGAAAGAUUCAACCUUUUGAAGUUAAAUCAGUAAAGUGACUUUUUCUUCUUAAUUUUUUUUUUUUUAAUUUGAUGCUUGUUAAGUAAGCAAUGUGAAUUUUAUUAGCAUUAGGGUUAGUAUAUAUCAUUUUCCAAAUUUAUUAGUAGAAGUUAGUUGGGCAUAAGAUAAAUUCAAGCAAAGGUAAAGAAUUUGCAAAAAUAUCCCUUUUUCCAAAUUAUUGUAUUCCUUACUCGCCUUGUGUGGAUCAUCUUAUGCUGCAAUUGCUUUUGCACAAAAACAUGAACUAAGACAGGUUUAUGUCCGAAGUACUGCUCGAGUAUAUGAAAUAUACUAUUCUGCUAAACCUCGGAGCAGCAAUGAGUAUCUCUGUACUGUUCGAUGUGGUAUUGCCUCCAGAGAUGAAGAGGUGCUUCAUGCAGCCGAUGUGGAUGAAGCUGCUUUGGCACAUAUAAAGGGAGCCAAUAAAGAGUUAGAUGAAAAGAGACUAAAAAAUGACGGCAAUUCAAAUAUGAAUGAAGUUGAUUGGGUUGAAGUUAAAGCUCCUGAUGCUUCUGUGCUUGAUAAUGGAAGCCUUGUGCCAUCAAAUUCUAUUGUGAAUUCAGGAUUUAUAUGAGGCUACUGCUGAGGUCACUGAUUCAAACACCUGCAUGUCUGUUACUCUCCGCUUGCUUUCACUACAGAAUAAAGGUUGUGUAUGUGUUGGUGAACUCUAUGUUUUUGCUGAUCCUGUUGAAUCAGCUGACUCAGAAAAUGAAGUGGAUCAGAUGGAAAAUGCAGGUGGAAGUUCUCUUAUGGCAAUGCUUGCUCCCACACUUUUGCAGUUAUCUAAAACAGCAGGUCUCUGUCGCCGACAAAAUGAAAACAUGUUUGGCACAAAGGAAAAAGAAAAGACACAAGAAAAUGAUUCAAAGGCCAUUGAACCAUUAAAGUUUGCAAAUGAAAUCCCGCAAGAAGUAAAUCCCAGUUUAGCCAAUCAGCAGGAAGUGGACUUCCAGGAAGCAAUUGCAGCAACUAUUGAACCAAACCAACAUGAGAUCCCCCCACUUAAAGAUAGAGAAGCCAAGGCUGAUGUGUCAUGUGGGCAUAUUGAGAUAUUCCUGGAUCAGCUUGUUUCUCGAGUCAGCAGAGUAGAAGAUCUCCUAUUAAAGUUUGAAGAGAAUAUGCUAAAGCCCAUGAGGAGCAUUGAUGCAAGGCUCCAGUGUGUAGAGCUGCAGCUUGAAGAACUCACUAAGAAACCUAAGAAUUCUGAAUUGCCAUCUUGUGCAAGAUAUUCUGCUCCUGAAUUUUCAUGCCACGAUUCAGAUGAUUACACUCCCUAUAACAUUGGAAAUGAAUCUUCAUUUCAUGAUUUAUAUGCAUCACGUGAGAAGGAUAUUUCAUCAUCUAUCAAACCUGAUGAAACCAUUUAUUCUGCAAAUGCUAGCCACUCAUUCCCAAGUCUUGUAGUCACCGCUCCUGAAUUUUCUAAUGCUGAUGAUGAGGAAGAUAAUCAUAUAUCCGGAACUGGUUCUCCUAAGGAUAAACCAAAGCAGACUAUGUCAAUUGAUGAUGCAUUUGCAUCUGCCAUUGCCAGUUUCCUGUCUUCAACUUCAAUUGACCUUCAGAAAUAUACUCAAGCUCUUCCUGUAAAAGCCCCUGAAUUUUUACACGAAGAAGAUGGUAGCAUUGACAAGAAGGUGUCACCAGAAUCACAUUUUCAUGUAACAUCUGAACCUUGCCUUGACACAAGAGAUGGGAUGGAUUCAAUGGUUGCAUCACUGUCCUCCAACUGUCCUUUAGAGAGAGUAGGGGAGGCAAUGUGCUCUCUUAAUGAUGUUGAUUCUGAGCAAACAGCUAAAGAAGUUGCUGAAUUCUGUCAAAGGCAAGGCACUUGCCAUGACACAGUUGACUGCGUGGUUACUCCAGCCAGACUUGAUAUGCACCAGAUAGUAGGGGACGUGGGAAAUGGGGAAGUUAGCAGUGGAACAAGCAAAAUUUUUGUUCUUGAUGAAGCUGAUAUUCUGAGUCAAUUCCUUGAAAAUCAUGUUGAUUAUGUUUCUGAUACCAGUGAGGAAAGAGAUCCUCCUGCAAACAUGGGAAUUAAAGCAGAAGUCACCAAACAAGGUCCUCAUGAAGAAUUGCUGCAGAAUUUACUGGAAUUAUCAUAUGCUUCUUCUGUAGUGGAUUUGGAAACUCCAAUUCUGGAUGUAAAGUUUACUUCACAAGACAACUCCAAUAACAAGUAUCCCCUUGAAGCCCUAUUGUCUGACAUGCCUGCCACAUAUGCCGGUGCUUCUUGUUCUAAGAAAAGUGAUGAUGAUUCUCAAGUGGAUUUGGAUGGUUACGGUUCGAGCAAUAUGCCUUGGAACUGGGAGGUUGAAAACCUGGCGGAUUAUCAUGCAUGUAGCAACCGGGAAAUUUCGGCAGCAAGUCUUAUAUGAAACAGAAGUGCUAGUUGUGUCCUAAUGUGGUUUUACGUGUAGUAUUUUAGAAUCUUAAUCUUGAUUGUUAAUUAGUGUACAGGUGGUAGCUUGAAAACGCAGAUCGAUGAUGGUUUGGUAACAGAAGUGAGUUAGAAUUCAAUGCUUAGUGGCUUACUGAUUGGUAUGUGCUGCUGGUAUAAUCUAUUUAGGAUUUAAACUGCUCUGACCCUCUCUCUCUCUAUUGGUACAUUGUCCUUUUUUUUUUACAACAGAUACUUUGCUUUCAAGAAAUGGAAUUUUCCACAUCGCCGCUUCUGAAUUUCUGAAGGGACUCCUUGUUAAUCAAAUCAAAGUUUCAAGCUACAUACUACUUUACUAGUUAAUAAGGGACCGUGCUGGUGAUACGUGUCCGUCUUGGGGAUAAUCCUACUAAAAAGAUAAAA